UCCAUUUCUCCACUGACGUCACAAGGAUCCCUAUGGUGACGGAACUCCCGCAGCCUAUAUAAGCCCUGCGCGGGCCUGGGUUUUGGUCCGCUUUGCCAGGAAGCUAUUUUGGUGACCUGUGUGGCUUGGACCCAUCUUCCCUAGCGUUUGCGAUUGGUGGUGGUGAGUGCUAUUUGGUUGGUUUGUUGGUUUCUUGUUCUAUUUGGUUUAUCCAUUUCCCACUUUAUUUUAGUUUAUUUUUUUCUACCUAUUUGUUAUUUUGCCCCGUUUGUCUUUUUUUGCAGUUUUGUUCAUUUCUUGCUGUGCCCACUUUUAGCUAGUUAGCGUGGUUAGACUGGUCAGUGUCAGUGCAGUUAGGCGGUGUUUGGAGUGGUUUUCCUGUUUGUUGUUUUCAGUUUUGGUUAGAUAGCCCUUAGUCUUGCCAUUUCACGUCGUUAGCAUAGUUAGCUUAGCUAGUGUUGUGUCUUAGUUAUCUUAGCCGCUAGUCCCCUCGUGGUCCUUUUUUGUUUCUUAGCUAGUGCAGUCAGGGUUGUGGAUUAGUUAGUUUGUUGCUCCGUUAGAGAGAGUAGUUGAGAGAGAGUAGUUAGGGACCCCCAAUGGAAGGCCAGGAGCACUUCCUGGCUGAUGCUAACUGCCAAGCUGAGCUGGACUUCCUGUCCCUUCUCGGUGAGGGCACCUUCGGUAUGGUGCUGCUGGCCCGCCACAGGCCAUCAGGGAGGAAAGUGGCUGUGAAGGUGGCCAUGGAUGACCGAGUGAACCCCAACAGCUCGAGGGAGCUGGCUCAAGAAGCCAGCAUCCUUAGCACCCUGCAGCACGACCACAUCAUCCGGCUGCUGCAGGUGUGCCACGUGGGCCACCACCUGUGUGUGGUGUUGGAGUUGGCAGGUGGCGGCAACCUAUGGGACCAUGUGAUGAGCCACGGUGGCCUGGAGGAGGACAAGGCCCGGGACCUCUUGCGCCAGAUCCUGGCAGCCGUGGAGUACUGCCACGAACAGCACAUAGCGCACAGGGACCUAAAGCUAGGAAACAUCCUCCUGGACUCCAGGCUGCAUGUCAAGGUGUCAGACUUUGGGCUCAGCAGACGGCUGCCGGAGGGCCAGAUGGUGAGCGGCUACUGUGGGACGCCCACCUACAGUGCCCCAGAAGUGUUCCUGGAGCGGCCCUAUGACCCCUUCCAGGCAGACAUCUGGAGUGUGGGCGUCAUACUCUUCACGAUGGUGGCGGCGGAGCUGCCCUUCCACGGCCAGGACACAGAGCAGCUGCGGCGCUCGGUGCUGUGCGGGGGCUACACGAUGCCCUUCGAGGUCACUCCAGACCUAGAGGACUUGCUGGAGUGGCUGCUUUCCUGGGACGCCAGCCAGCGGCCCACGGCAGCCCAGGUCACACAGCACACUUGGUUCGAGCUGUGCCCAGAGGAAGAGCCAGAAGACAAGCAUGACAACGAAGACAAGAUGACUGGAGUCACCCCAGUGCAGGUCCUUGGGGUUCCUGAGGACCUAGAGGCAUUGCAGUACCUGGCAGAUGUGGGGCUGCUACCAGCCUCUGGAGAGGCCACAUCAUCCCCGGGGCUGGAGGCAUGGAGCCAGAGGCCAGGGCGCCUGCUGCCCUGGGAGAGGAGGUCAGACUGGGACUCAGCCUCCAGGUGCAGCCCGCCUAUGUUGUACAGAGCACCUGCAUUCCUGGAUUGCAGGGAGGGGCACAGUGAGCCUGGCCUGCCCACCAGUGAACUCCUGCCACUGCAGGAUCACAAAUCCUCUGGUGCAGGUCCUGUGCUCGCCACUCCCCUGCCUGGCCAGGAGCAGGAGGAGGGGCAGCCCAGUUCCAGCCCAGCCCUGGUUCCAGUCCCUGUGGCCUUCCCGGGCACCCCCAGUGCCAGGAGCAGCGAGACCCCAGCCCACGCAGAGGCCCCAGAAGUUGUUUCCGAGGAGCCCGGGCCCUCAGCUGCUGCCUCCGACCAGAGCCGCAGCCGCCAGGGACUGUGCAGAAGGAUCGGCCGGAGGAUCAUCGGGUUCCUGCGGCAAGUCUGCUGCUUGGGGCCAGCCCCAAACACUGGGCCUGGCCCCCGCAGCCGGAAGGUGGCUCCCCGCUAGAUGGACUCAGGACCCCUGAACAGGGGUGCCCCAGCAGAGCACCCUGAGAGUGCCUUGAGCCUUGUGUGAGGUAUUCAUGAAUAAAAAUCCCAACUGUGUACAUG